AUGUCUUCACUAUCGCCAAUUCCAACUUCGGCUGCUGAGAGAUUGAUCAGAAACCCGCAUUCACUGCCCAGGGUCCCAACCGCUCUUGCCAACAUAAUAUCUCAAAAUAAGCAUUCUGAUAGGAUCAAGCAUCAUGCUGAGCAGGCAUAUUUCAUUCGUCGAGCCAAACUGGAGAAUCAGCGAUCAGAGAGAAUUCUAGCAGCUGCUACUACUAAUGGAACUUCUCUAUCCGGUUCACAAUACAGAGAUGCUAAUGCAACUCCCUCUCCACCCUCAUCUCCUAUAUUGGAUGCUGUGUCUCCUACUAACUCAAGACCAAGGGUGUUCACUCACAGACGGAACUCUGACACAGUGACAUCAACCAGUGUGUUCAGCCCCUCGACUCAACCAAUUGAUAUCCGUCGUCGGUCGUCGUCUUUUACAGGCCAUAAUGGAUCCCCUCCAAGAUCAGGACGUCCAUCACCUUCACGAGCAAGUCGAUCUCUUAGCUUCAGUCACGUUAACAAUCGCCGGUUAUCGUCAAUAGACCCGAGAGAGUCCACUACCGCUUUAUUUAACAGUGGAGUGUAUUUCAUCCCAGAGUCACCUGAAGAAGAUGAGCUGAUUUCGCUGCUGUACCCUUUGGAUGCCACAUAUCAUGGACCGCCAGUUUCGUCGAGUUCAGGACCAGGAUCCCCACCACCCAAUUUACAGCAUAACAUGGCAUUCAGCUCCCGCAUAUUCUCCAAGAAACCCGAAGAACGACUCAAGCAACGCUGCUACUUCACCAAGCGACCUGCUCCAUCCUGGAAGUCGCGCAACUUCGAGCCCAUCAAACAGGGCAAGACCUGGGUCUCUGCCCAUCCGGGCUGGCACCGGUUCAUGCGCAACGAGUACAAGGUAAACGGCCAGGAAGACACCUGGCGCGAAGAACGCAGUCGGUUCCUCCAGGAGUUUCGCCGUGAACGCCAGUUCCAGAAACAAUCUAAACGGAGAAUGUCGUCGCAUCUCUAG